AUGACUGACGACAACAAAAGCCAGCCAGCUGGCCUAACUCAGCAACAACUUAACGUCAUGGCAGCUAUGAUCGAGCAAACCGUCGCACGUGCCAUAGCAAGGAAUGGGACAAACGGCACAACCGGCACAACCGGCACAACCGGCCCAGCGGGACCACCUGGACCCCCAGGACCCCCAGGACCCCCUGGCCCAGGCAGACAGCUUGCUACCGCCGAUACAUCCUGGAAGAUGGAACAUAUAGGCUGUUUUGACCCCGACGAUGAAGCGUCGACAAGCGUCAAAACAGUCAACAGCGUCAACCAUUACUCCAACGUUUUUAGCUGGGUUGAUCAUAUGAAGGACAUCGCAAAGCUGAAAUCUGAAGACGUCGUUCGCUCCCACAUGAGCUACUCGCUUAAAAAUAAAGCCACGGACUGGUACGACGCCGAGCUAACAAGCGUAGAGAAAGAAGCACUACGGAUUUUACCCCUUGAAGAAGGAUGGUACAAGCAGCUCAUAGAGCGAUGGAAGCCAAAUCGAGCUGACGCUCUCCGCAAAAUGGACACAACCACAUACACAUGGGCCAACGUCCGCGCAGGAAAAAAUCCACGCGAGUAUGCCCAGGAAAUGAUACGCCACGCCCGAGCAGCCGGUAGAAACGACCUCUACGAACAGCUUCUAAAGAUCAGGGAAAACUUCGAGCCCUCGCUCAGAAGGAUGGUAAUAAACCCAGUUACUACGACCAAGCUCAGCGACUUCCUAGAACACCUAGACAGAAAGUACGGAGAUUGGCGAGACCAGGUACACCAAAGGGACCAACGAAUUGUCAGACAUAUGCCCCUCCCAGCCAACCGGAUCCCCACCCCCCGUCCCCCUAGGAUCCAAGGCCAACAAGCCCAACAAACACAAUCCCAAUCAAUACUGGACCUCACACCGUUUCACAGCUAA